AUUCAAAAAGGGUCACACCUUACAAAGAACAACAAAUUUUAAUCUCGUAAUAAAUUGUUUAAAAAACCACCAAUUCAAUGCCUACUAUGGCUGCCUCGAUGGAUGAGGAUAUAUCCGCCAACCCGGCACCUAGUCCCGAAGAAGAUCCCCUGGCCGAGGAGCGUCUGGGCUUUGUCCGGGAAGUGGGCGCCCAGGCUGUUUGGAGUCUCUCCUCCUGCAAGCCGGGUUUCGGUGUGGAGCGCCUGCGCGACAACAUCAUGGACACCUAUUGGCAGUCGGAUGGCCAGCUGCCGCAUCUGGUAAACAUCCAGUUCCACAAGCGGACCAACAUUAGCCAGAUUUACAUCUACACCGAUUACAAGCUGGACGAGAGCUAUACGCCCUCGAGGAUAUCCAUACGCUCCGGGACCAACUUCAAUGAUUUGCAAGAGCUGCAGGUGAUGGAUCUCACCGAACCCACUGGCUGGGUGCAGAUACCCAUUAAGGAUGGCAAUGUCAAGUCCAUACGCACUUUUAUGCUGCAAAUUGCCGUGAUAUCCAAUCAUCAGAAUGGCAGGGACACGCACAUGCGGCAGAUACGCAUCCAUGCGCCUGUAGAGGGCAAGCACUAUCCCCUGGAGCUCUUUGGGAAGUUUGCCACGGUGGACUGCCAGAAGUAUGCCACCAUCCGGUGAAGAAUGUGAUCGAGAGUUGGAAGUAAAGUCUUUAGGUUUUAUUUGUUUUUUUCGGGAUAUUUAACUGCUAAAAUACAACAUUUAAAAGAUUACUAAUUAGUAA